AUGGAGCAUUCAACCUCCCCAAGUCCCCUCGACAGCUCUGCUUCUGAGGGUAGCAAUAACUUGGCUACAGUUCCAACGGGUACGGAUCGCCGAUCAUCACAGCUCCAGCCUAUUCUUCCAGACACACUUAGUCGCCGACCCACCAAUCUCAACAAUGUCGAACUCGAACGAAUUAACACGUACCGACUUCAGCACCGAUCAACGGUAGGCUCCGGCGUGGGCAUCACACCACGCGAGAAGUGGAUACCAAUGGGUGCAGGAAAAGACUACCCACCUAAGCUUCCCGACCCAGAACAAUUCGUCGUUGAGUUCACCGACUCAAACGAUUCAUUGCACCCGCAAAACUGGUCACUUGGAAGGAAAAUCACCAUCUCUGUCAUCUUGGCCUAUACAACCUUUACCUCAUCGUUUGCCAGUGCUAUUUACUCCUCGGCUGCGACCGCGGUCUCCAAAAACUUCCACAUCAGUACCGAAGUCGCCAUUCUAGGCGUCACCCUUUACGUCCUAGGCUUCGCCAGCGGUCCAACAGUAUGGGCUCCAGCCUCGGAGCUGAUCGGAAGAAAAUGGCCCAUCAUCGUGGGAAUGUUUGGGUACUCGAUUUUCACAAUAGCAACGGCCACAAGUAAGGAUGUGCAGACCCUUAUGCUGACGCGUUUCUUUGCUGGGUUUUUUUCUGCGAGUCCCAUUGCUAUUGUGCCUGCUGUUUACGCGGACAUUUGGAAUAACAAGACUCGUGGCGUGGGUAUUGCUAUAUUUGCAAUGGCUGUGUUUGUGGGUCCGUUCGCUUCGCCCUUUGUUGGAGGAUUUAUUACUUCGUCUUAUCUUGGUUGGAGAUGGACUAUGUACAUUUCGAGUUUCAUGGGAUUCUUUGCAGUGGGCCUUUGCCUCGUUUUCUUGAAGGAGACGUAUGCGCCUGCUGUGCUUGUGGAGAAGGCUAUCACUUUGCGCAGACAGACUCAUAACUGGGGCAUUCGAGCUAGACAGGAACAGGUUGAAUUGGAUUGGGGAGAGCUCAUUACGAAUAACUUCAGUCGGCCGUUCCGCAUGUUGUUUACUGAGCCAAUCGUGUUUCUUAUCUCAUUGUGGAUGAGUUUUGUAUACGGUUUGAUGUAUGCACUACUCGGUGCAUACCCAGUGGUCUUCCAGGAGAUCCAUGGCAUGAGCCUUGGAGUUGGCAGUCUUCCAUUUAUAGGCUUGAUCAUCGGCGAGUUCCUGGCCGGCACAUACAUUCUUUAUGACCAGAGGGCGUACGCCAAGAAAUUGGAAGACAAUAAUGACGUUCCGAUUCCUGAAUGGAGACUUCCCCCCUCUAUUCUUGGCGGAAUCUGCUUUACCGUCGGGUUGUUCUGGUUUGGCUGGACAGGGUGGACGAAAUCCAUUCAUUGGAUGGCCCCGACGGCCAGUGGAGUCGUUACUGGGUUUGGUAUCUUUGUGAUCUUCCUCCAGUGCUUCAACUAUCUGAUUGAUUCUUACCUCACUUUUGCUGCCUCGGUAUUCGCUGCUAACACUAUCAUGCGAUCCGCCGUUGGAGCCACAUUCCCGCUGUUUGCGAAGCAGAUGUUCAAGAACCUGGGUGUACAAUGGGCUGGCACGCUUCUUGGAUGUCUUGCACUUAUCAUGGUUCCUAUACCUUUGGCAUUCAUGAAGUUUGGACCAACCUUGAGGAAGAAGUCCAAGUUUGCACCAACCGCUCAGCCACCGCAGGCGCCGAUCGAGAAAGAGACAAGUGUUUAA